CCAUGUGUAAAGUCACAUGACACAGACGAUAUUGAAUGAGUCAGUAAUUUCAACCCGAUUUCCAGUUCUGUUAUUAGUACCGGUAAUGUUAAGCCAAUCAAAGUACCAAUCUAUUUCUCCAUUAUUUGUUCCAUAUUGAACAUUUCCGAUCUCGGAUUAUUUAAGAUGUCAUAAAAAGCACAAAAAGAUGAAUGCCAUUAUCAACUUGUGUCAUUUUUGUGAAAUUCAUGGACCAAGGAUUGUAUAUUGUACACAACCAUUACGGCCACAAGAACCCAAAUAUCUGUCAGAAUGUGAAGACGAUGAAACACGUCGUGUUAAGUCACCAUCUGUCAGUUCUGUGUCAUCUGAUUUCUCCAACAUUUCACAAAGUGGCAUCCCAUCUCUACCUAGUAUGAAAAAUGAUAUUUGUGAGGGUUGUUACUCCGUGAAGAAAGGAUUUGUUAGUCAUGAUGAAGGAGGACAAGUUAGUUAUGUCAGUACACAGCAUCCAUACAAUCCACAAGUCUUCAGUCGUAUUAGACAAGCCUGUAUUAGAAGUUUAAGUUGUGAGGUGUGUCCAGGAAGAGAAGGUCCUAUAUUUUUUGGAGAUGAACAAUAUGGCCAUGUGCUAAGUUACACGUUUUAUAUUAAAGACAGUAAAGCUCGUGGUCUACGCAGAUAUUACAGUAUUCUCGUUGUCAUGAUGGACAAAAUAUAUUUGUUAAAUUCAUGGCCGUUUUUGGUACCAAAUUUACAAGUUGUCAUAAACAAUCUUCAGAGUAAGGCAGAAAAUGUUCAUGAUGGCGAAGUCAGUAAAAGACCACCGAGUGAUCGUGUUUUUACCCCAUCUUUAAAUCCUGGUAAUUUGCUGCAUCAUCGAAGUAGUACAAAACCAGCUCGAUCUCUCAUAGAAUUAACUAAUGAUAAACAUGUAUUUGAAUUGUUACAUUUGGCGUUUGUGUGGAUAUUGAAAUCUUGUGGAAAUAGAAUAACAGAAUCUAUAUUAGAAGGACCUCCAACUGAAGAUUCUAUAAUAGAUAUGGAGAAAAUAGAAGAAACUGAAGAAGGAUUUAUAAAAGUAUUUAAGAAAGAAGAAGAGGAAGAUAUAGAAACUUUUGAAUCUGUUACUGAAACUGAUAAUAAUGAUUUAGAUCAGACAGAUUCAGGUGUUCCAUUAAUUAGAAACAUAAGACAUUUAUGUCAGAUAUUAGGAAUACACAAUUUUCAUAUUCUAUGUUACCAUGUUGUUAUUGGUAACCAGGUAAUAGUGACAGGAGUGCAGAAAGCUCUGGUGAAAUCUGUAUUAUCGGCUUUAACGAUAUUAUUGCCUAAAGGAUGCUGUCGUGUUAUAAAUUACAGUGACUCAUAUCAAGAGUCAUGGAAAUGUAAUUUUCUUGGACUGUCACCGGAUGUGUCACUACCAAUACAUGUCAUGGCAUCUGAGAAAUUUGUCUUAUUAGAGGUUAUCCAGAAUGAUCAAUUAGAUGGGAGCCAGUUUGACUCAAUGGAUUCCGACCUUGAUGACAAUUUUAAAACAUAUGAGUUUAAAAUGAGCAGUCCUGUAAUCUUAAAUGAAAAAGCACCAACAGUUUUAACUAAAAUGGAAAGUUCUAUACAGAAUAAAAAUCUAAGUGAUAGUGUAUUAGAACAAUGUUUUAUUUGCAUGAAAGAAGAAUGGAUGAAUAAAGUGAAAGUAGUUAAAGUGAAAGUAGUGUUCAAGUUUACCAAAGCUGGGGGUAACAGAUCAAAAGAGGAUACAGAGAAGUUAUUACAAGUGAUGGGAGCUAAAGGUGAAGAACAAUUGUGUCUGAUUGAAGAACAUUGGUCUGAUGGACAUUAA